AUGGUGAGUGUGGCCAUUGGGGCAGGGCUCGGUGCCAUCGCUGGCGGCCUUGCUGCGAGGUUGUGGGCCAGCGAGGAUGUGGGGAAGACCUCGUGGGCCGCUGAGUCCGGGACACCCGAUCAGCCCAAAGUGGCAUCGGGACAGGUCCAUGAGGACCGGCUGCACGACCUUCUGCUCCAACUGGGCCACAGCCGACUGCACGUCUUCCAGCUGGAAAACCGGGUGCUGGCCGAGAGCUACAGGAAGGUCGCCACGGGCCUUGUUGCAAAGUCUGCCUCGGGUCAUGAAGAAAGUCUGAUGGAGCCACCUGCGACGGCGACCGGAAACAGAACACGUGGCACUCCUGUGCCUGCGGUUUCCUCUGGAGCACCUGAUCGGCUUCACGGUGUUUUGCUCCUGCUGCUCCAGCUGGAGCGGGGCCGCCGGCGCGUCUUCCAGCUCGAAAACCAGGUGCUUGCAGAGAGUCAUCGAACGAUAUCUGAGCUGCGAGCAAGCGUAAAGUCGGCUGAAGGUGGGCUGCAGAGCAGUGGAGCGCUCACGGCUUCUCUUUGCACUCAGAGAGAGGAGCCCAUGCCUGCCAAGACUACAGCGACGAACAAGCAGCAAGUGCCCUCGCCUAUCCGAAGCAGGAAGAAGAGGAGCAAUCACGAGGCGAACAUCCAAAAUCGGAUGCCUGAAAGCUUGGAUGCAACGGACACUGCUUCGAGGGGGUGGACCCAACUGCAGAAGGAUAAACAACUGGCAGAGCGGAUUCAGCAGGCCGUAACCGCCUACCUUCUCGGUCCAGAACAGGCCAUCACGGAAGAUUUCCGUGACAGUGACACCCAGGAGGAGACCCAGGAGCAGGACGGACAGAGAUACCCCGUCGACCUGCCACCUGCAUCAGGAGAUGCAGAAUAUUCUGUCAUGCCUCAUGCAGAAGAUCCCAUGAAUUGCAGGCGAGCACCAUUUGAAGCAACAUCUGACGAGCCGGGGAAAUGCAAGUACACUCGCACACGCCAGAUCAUGAUUGGCAAGGCAAGGCCCGAAUAUUUGCGUUAUCGUGAGCAAGUGCCAUUCGAAUGUCGUGGGCCAAUGCACCCCCGAACCCCGAACGCAAUGGACAAAUGCUCCAAGCGCGACUUCGAUCGCAAGCUGUCCAAGUGGCGCCGCCAACUCCACAACUGGUCUGAUGUCUUCCCGGCCGGCCAGCGCCCGAAGAUGGCGCCGGAAGUGGAUCUCCAUUCCGAGCUCUUCGGACACCGGCCCAUAGAUGGGAACGACUCCACCCACGUAGUUGUCAGCUUCUCGAACCGGUACGGGAUCCGGCCGAGCUUCUCCAAUUUCCCGCACUCGAACUUGAAACCCGAGUUCUUCACCAACAUCCUGGACAUUCUGAUGCCCGAAGGCAUGCCGAAGUUCGUGGUUGAGGUCGGAUCCCUGCAUGGGCACAGCGCCAUCCACAUGGCAACCGUCCUCGACCAGUUUAACAUGUACCAUGUCCCUAUCCUUUGCAUCGAUCCUUUCACUGGCGACACCAACAUGUGGGCCAACUACCAGACGGAUCGGAGCGUAGCUGGGUGGGUCAAGAUCAUUGACGGCCGUAUGAUGGUGUUCGACCAGUUUAUGGCCAACGUCCAGUUCGCGAUAAAUCGAACCGUGUCGCGGAAUCACAUACUGCCGUUUCAGGCCACAUCAACAGUGGGCGCCCGGUGGCUGGUGGAGAAGCACUUCUAUCCGGACUUGGUGUUCUUGGAUUCAGCCCACGAGCUGGAUGAAACGUUCUUGGAGCUCUCGCUUUAUUAUGACAUCCUUGAGCCGGGUGGCAUCAUGUUUGGUGACGACUAUGGCUGGGCGGCCGUCAGACAGGACGUGCAGAGGUUUGUGGAGCACCGCAACUCGCACGAAGCUGACCCGCCAGAGUUCAGGAUCAUUCGCGCUGAGCCCGGUUCCAGCCAUGUUCUCUGGAUGCUGCGGAAGCCCAAAGUUGAGACGUAG